AUGGCCUCUUCAUCUUCAACUUCAACCGAUUCUUCUCUCCUUUCCAAACUCGAAUCCUGUAAUUCAACAACCCCUAUCUUCUCUCUCUUCUCCUCCUAUCUCCGCCCCUUAUCAGAUCUCAAAAAUCCGCACGACAAAACCCUAAUUCGAUCCCUCGCCAAAAAAUUCCUCUCCUUCCUCAACAAAUCCCUCUCUAUUCUCCCCAAACGCAUCUCCAAUGCCAAUGCACAUUCCAAAGACGAAAAACUCGUGUCUGAGCUCUUCGAUGUGUAUAGGCUUUGCUUAAAUUGCUUGGACUUGGUGUCGUCGCAGUUGGCGGGCAAGCCUUACUCCAUUCAGCUGCAGAGGAUGAGGUUAGUGCGCUGCUUGGAGGCCUGGGAGAAGUAUGAGGACACAGAGAGCGAGGGGGUUCGGGUUUUGGAGGGGCUUAGGAGUGUGGAUUUUGAUGGAAAAUCUUGUGAUGCGGAGUUUGCGUUGGUGUUUGUGGAGGUUGUGGUGGUGAUGGUUAAGUGUGCGGCGAUGAGGCAGAGGAAGGAUGGUGAAGUUUACAGGAGAGUGCUUGGGUUGGUUGAAGAGGCAAGGCACUGGUUCAGGGUAUUAGAUGCAAAUGCAUAUGAGAAGUUGCAUAGGGUACUCGUGUCUUAUCUGGGUAAAUGCACUCAUUUUUUGGUCGGAGAGCUAAUGCAUUUUAAUGGAAAUUUUGUAAGUGAAUUUUGUUUGGCAACAAUGACUGAGUAUGCAAAGGCAUCAAUGAAAAAUCAAAUUUACAAGUUCUCUCGCUGGAUAUGUGCAUCUCUGUUUUCACUAAAGGAGAAUAAGCACUCGGUUAUCAUCGAAAUAAUACUUUGUGUCUUGGAUUCUGUUGCCUCUCACUGCAAGGUUGAAUUAGGUAACAGUGGAAUUGAGCUGGUUGAACUCGUAUCGUAUUGUGCCUACAAAUGUCGUGCCACAUGUACAUUUUUUUGUGGUACUGUUGCAGGACAUCUAGAUAACAUAGCAGGUGACUUACCUCAGGUUAUGACACCUGUUGAUUUGAUUUUAAGGCUUUAUGCUGCUGGGUUGUACUUUACCAACUAUGGCACUGGUGGUGAUUUGACUUCCUCUAGAGGUGCGAAAAAGGAGUUUGCAAUCAGAAUUUUGCUUAAUGAUGAAGACAGACUACACAAAUUGGCCACUUUGCUUGGUUCAUUGGGAAGUUACUUUUCUGUUUGCUGCAAAGAGAAUUGUGUGUCAUCUAGAGUUGAAUAUGAGGGGUCUUUCAGUCAAAUAUGUUUACCGACAAAUUCUAAUCAUGAGGCAUCUACUAUAACUUUGAUGCAGAAAAAUAGAGAGGAUUUUAUGCUGUCUUACUUAAAUGCAUUGAAAUUCUUGUGCCAGCCACUUGCUGAGCAAAUUAAUUCAGAGAAAAAAGAGAUAGUUUCUGAAAUUGAAAGUACUCCGGGUCAUGAACAGCUCUGCAGUAUUCAGGAUGCGUUUUAUCAGCUUUCUGAUGCUUUUCUUUUUUGGCACAGCUAUACAUCUGAAAGAGACAAAGAUGGAUUUGAUGAUAACAAGACAGUACUUACUGUGACUGUGGCUGCUUUUAUUCUUUCAAUCAGAACAAAUUGUAAGAUGAAGAAGAGUUCUCGUCUAAUUAAGAACAUCAUUGCCAGUGAAUGGAUUGAACCUCAGGGACUAAAAUAUGUUUAUGCCUCUCUUUACAAUAUUGGUGUAUCUCUGUACAAAAAUAAGCAAGUGAAAGAGAAUUUUGUUUGGUAUCCUUUUCUGAAACUGCUCAUGCUUGCUGCUGCUGCCAGGAUAGAGUACAAAAUCAAUUUGCUGGCUUCAAAGUUUCAAAUUAGUUGUAGAGCUUCAUGGACUUGUGUAGUACUUCUUGCACAAUUGUUUAUACAGAAAUCAGGCAUGCACAAGAAGUGCUUUCCUUUUGGAGGUUCUCCAUCAUCUGGUAGUCAUAAAGUGAAAAAAGUAAUUGUUGAGAGUCUUGAAAUUGGUCUGUUGCUGCAUUUGUUUAGAGUGCUGCCAGGUCCUAUGCCUUUGGUGAAAAAUUGGGUUAAGAUAGUAUGUAAACUUCGUGAGAAUGUAGAUGUAGAGAUGUUGCUCCAUCUUUAUACAAAUGACAUGUAUGAAGACAUAUGUAGACGUGAAACUUUGCUUUGUCAUCUGUUAGCUGUGGCAUAUUGCUUACGUGCUCUAUGUACCCAGGAAGCUGAACCAAACUCUAAGCAAGUCAUCAAAGAUAUUGAUUCUGCCUUAAAUCAAUGGUUGACCAUAUCCAUUUGCUCUACAAAUGACGAGUGCAAUAUAGUCACGGAGAAUACAAUGCUACUAUUGUAUAAUGUAGGUGAUCUGUUAUCAGUGAAGGGUUGUAUGGAAAUUCACAAUGUCUUAUAUAAACUGAUGAUUAGAUUUUUAAAAUGGAAGAAUGUUCCAUUGGAAAAGUGCUUGUCCAUUUUUUGGGAAAGUAGAAGGCUUAGUCAUGCUCUUUGCAUUUCACCUGUAAAUGAGGGGUUUCUCAUGAACUUAGCAGAGCAAUGUGGUGAAAUUUCCAAGUCUAUUGAUUUUUGGGUAUGCUGUUUAAAGGAAUCUCAACCAUUAGUAGUUGGAUUCCAACAGAAUCUCUCACUUUUAUUUGCUGAUAUUUGUGAAAGUCCUAAUCAACCAUACAUCACAAUUGCUGAUGUGAAAGAGGCUGCUUCUGAACUCAUUUCAAGCGUUUCUCUACCCCCUCGUUCUGUUUUCCUUGUUGGAUAUCUCUACUAUGACUUGUGUGAAAGACUCACUGCAAAGGGACAACUGUUUGAGGCUCUUUCAUAUGCCAAAGAGGCCCACCGACUUCGUACUCAACUCUUUCAAGAGAAAUUUUCAUAUUCUAGUGACCGGCAGGUUGAAAAGCAUGAAGCAGGGGACCUCAUGCAGAAGCUAACUUAUGCUUGUAAAGAUUUCCAAGUAACCAGAUCUAUUACUAGUCAAGUUUGGUCUUUUGAUGUUACUUCGUGGAAUGUGGAUGAUUGUUAUCUUAGUCCAUGGAAUGUCCUACAAUGUUAUCUUGAAAGCACUCUCCAGGUUGGAAUUGUCCAUGAAUUAGUUGGAAAUGGCACUGAGGCUGAAAGCUUCUUACUAUGGGGAAAAAGCAUCUCCUACUUACAAAGUUUGCCACUAUUUAUAGUUGCCUUUUCAUCUGUCCUAGGUAAACUAUACCGUAAGAAACAGCAUUGGGAUCUGGCAGAAAAAGAACUUAAAAGUGCUAAACAGAUAUUGGUGGAGAGUGGCAAGAAUUUCUCCUGCUCAAAGUGCAGAUUGAUGCUGGAAGUCACUGUUGAUCAGCAACUUGGUGAUUUAUCCCGCAGCCUCUUUGAUGGUGCUACUGGGAAUACUUCGAUGGAAAGAUUAUCUCAUGCUGAAAAUAUUUACAAAUCUGCGUUAGACAAACUAAAUCUUUCUGAGUGGAAAAAUUCAAUCAGUUUUCCUGAAGGAGAAAGCUCUGAGAAUACAAUGGAAAUUCUUACAAGGGAUGGGUCAGUUGCCAAGAUGGAGGGGAAAAAGUCUAGAAAGCUGAAGAAUGCACCAACAACCUUGCUAAAAGAUCAAUCUUUGAUACCUGAGUCCAAUUCAAGGAUUACGCGUUCCAAAUACCGAUCUUCUCAAAACCAAUGUGUAAAUGGUUCCAUUGAGGUGCAAGCAGGCCUUUCAAAACAUACCAAAGGCAACACUUCAUCUGAUUUUUCAAAUCCUCUUAGUCAAAGGGAGUCAGUCUUGGAGACAAAAAGUUGUAUUGUUGAUACUGGGUGUGAAGCUACUUGCAUUUGCAAUAAAAUGAAGUGUUGGAAAUGCCUUCGUGUGGAAGUUAUUGAAUCUGGGUUACUAGACAAUUUUGUACAUAUAAAGUGGGAAUUUAUUCGCAGGCGUCUUUCACUGAGAGUACUUACUGGCAUAGGAAAAUGCUUAGGAAAUCAUGAUCAAGUUCACGAGGCACAUGAAAUUAUUUCACAAAGCCUAUCUGUCCUAUUCAGCGGAAACUCAUUCUGCCAUACCCAUUCUUCUCUUCCUCCAACAUUUCUUCUUGAUUUAAUUGGUAAGGAGUACUCAGGAGAUGUUUUUGCUGUUGAGCGUGCGGCUGUACUUUACAACAUUUGUUGGUUGUCUUUGAAGGAUUACCAUUCUACGAAAACAAGGAAUAUUUGCUGUGAUUUGUCUCACAUUCAGUUGCAGAAAAUAGUUCCUUGGUUGAUGAUAGCCUUUGUGCUCUGCCGUGAGGUUCCCAUUCUUUUUCAGAAGGUUUCUAGAUUGCUUGCUGUUGUGUUUAUAUUUUCUUCUUCAAGCAAGCUUUUUUCUCUUUCAUCUUCUUGCAAAGUACUAUCUGAAAGUCAUUGGGCUUCUUUUUUCCAUCAAGCUUCACUUGGUACUCAUCUUAAUUACCAGUUCCUAUCAAACAUAAGUUGCAGAUAUAAAGGCCAACUCCUUCUGGAUGUUGAGAGCACGCAUGUAACCAGCUCAUCACACAUUGGGGCAGAAACAAGCAAUUUACUCAGUUUUGCUCCUGAAUCUAUGAAAGAUCUUGAACAAUUUGUGAAAGACUUUUUUGUGGGCCUUCCUUGUGCCACAGUUAUGUGUGUAACUUUGCUUGAGGGUGCUUAUGCUAGUUUACUACAAGAACUGCUACUUUUUCCUUCACCUGUUCAUGCUUGGAUGCUGUUGUCACGCUUGAAUUCUAAGAGUCAACCUAUUGUUGUACUUCUGCCAGUAAAUACUGUACUAGAAGAGGCUUCAGAUGAUGAUAACAAUGCAAAUUUUGGUUUUGAGGAAUUGUAUGAAAGCAACGAUUGUGGUAAACAUUGGCACUGCCCCUGGGGUUCCACUGUAGUUGAUGAUGUAGCUCCAGCUUUUCAAUCGAUAUUGAAAGAGAGCUACUUAAUGUCUUUUCCACAAGAUACAGAAAGGAAUAGGUCUUUAUGGUGGAUGCAGAGAAAAAAGCUUGAUCACCGACUUGGUGAAUUGCUGAGGAAAGUAGAAGAUUCAUGGUUGGGUCACUGGAAAUACAUGUUUCUUGGAGAAUGGUCAAACUGCAAGAAUCUGGACAAAAUACUUAAGAAACUGGCACGUGAUCUAAAAAUUAAAUGCAAAGUUGACGUAAAUGAAAGUCUUCUUAGAGUUGUUCUUGGAGGUUUGAAGAGUGGUUAUAAGAGAGAGGAAAAUAUGGCACAGCUGUUUUCCAAGAAAGGUUGCUGCAUUGGGACAUUUGGAUAUUAUGAUAACAAUAAUUGUAGGAGAUCAUCCAAGGUGUCAAAUGGAGUUGAUAAGCUGUCGGAGUUGGCCUUCCAACUAAUAGAUGAAGCCUUAAAGGAACUAGAAGCAGAGGAAUCUGUAAACAGAGAACCUACAAUUCUAGUGCUGGAUUGUGAAGUACAGAUGCUUCCGUGGGAGAAUAUACCAAUAUUGAGAAAGGAAGAGGUUUAUCGCAUGCCUUCAGUUGGUAGCAUAUUUGUAGCACUUGAAAGAAUCCACCACCAAGAGCAAGUCAGGAAGCUUGUUGCUACCUUUCCUAAGAUAGAUCCGUUGGAUGCUUUUUAUUUGUUAAAUCCCAGCGGGGAUCUCAGCUACACACAAGUUAAGUUUGAGGACUGGUUUCGGGAUCAAAAUUUGGAGGGAAAGGCUGGAUCUGCACCUACAGCUGAAGAAUUGGCAGUAGCCUUGAAAAAUCAUGAUCUCUAUAUAUAUUUCGGCCAUGGAAGUGGGUCACAGUACAUUAAAUGGCAUCAUGUACAGAAGCUGGAAAAAUGUGCCGCGACUCUCCUGAUGGGAUGCAGUAGUGGUUCUCUGUCAUUAAAUGGGUGUUAUGCACCAUCUGGCACUCCUUUAUCCUAUCUGCAAGCAGGGUCUCCGGUGAUUUUUGCCAAUCUAUGGGAUGUGACAGAUAAGGAUAUUGAUCGAUUCGCAAAGGCCAUGCUUGAUGGUUGGUUGAGAGAAAGAUCGAAUGUUUCUGUGGAUUCUGACCAAUCCAUUUCAGUUGUGGAAGAGCAUGACCCCAAGAACGAAACGGGUAAAGGUAAUAAGAAGAAAAUCUCAAGGAAGAAACCACCUGAAUCUUCAGGUAAUGGAACAUGUAAGAGUGGUCAUGAUCAUAGACCAAAGCUUGGAUCGUUCAUGGGGCAAGCUCGCAAUGCAUGCCAACUCCCUUUCUUGAUCGGGGCUUCGCCAGUAUGCUACGGUGUCCCAACUGGUAUAAGAAGAAAGACGAGUUUGUAACAGCUCAUCUCACUAAACUUCCUCUGUCAGUCACUUCCAUUCUGCUCAUUAUACCAUCUCCACCUGACCGGUAAUCUCUAAUUCAGAAACUCCUUUGUAAAUGGCAUAUCUUCAAUUUAUAUUUUUUUUUUCCCUUUUUCGGGCCGUUUUAGGUAGACUACAAAUCAACAAUACAUGGGAAAUUGCGGUGCCAUUAAAGAUUUGGCAAGCAUACGUUACAUUCUUUGCCUGAUGAUUUUCCAGUAAUUGUGAUAUAGAAAAAAAAAAAUCUCUGUAAUAUUCUUUUUACUUGUCUCCCUCGGUUUCAAGUCCCACAGUGCCCAAGAAGUGAACUAGAACUAGAAGGCUCUUCUGACCUAAACCCAUACGUAUAAAUUAAUUUCCAUUUACAGAUAUGGCGGCUUGUUUGUUAUUUUCAUUUGCAUUUUUUAUUUUUUUUGUAAAUCUCAUCAAAAUUUUGCAGAAGGCUCAGCUUUAGUACUGGUAAGGCUUUCAGGAAGCUUUGUUCUUCAUAUAGGUUCUAUUUCUUUCUUUCUUUUUUUUUU